AUGGACGAUUCUACUGGUCCGUUGUCUAACAACUCUUCUCAACCCAGUGAUAGUUUAAAGCCCGAAAAUUUCGCUCCUUCCCCAGACUUUCGAUGGCUAUGCCUUGAAUUAUUCGCUAGGCUCGACGAUAUCAACAUCAAUCGAGUCAAGUAUGGUAAAGCUGCCUCUGUUAAGUAUAUAGAGGUCAUUAUUCACUUCAUCAAACUCUGGCGUACCACUGUGGGCGAUGACUUUUUCCCUGUACUUCGAUUGAUUCUGCCCUACAGAGACAUACGAACUUACAACAUCAAGGACUUUACUCUGAUCAAGGCGAUUUGCAAAUCGCUAAACUUGCCAAGAGACUCUCUCACUGAGAAAAAGCUGAUCAAUUGGAAGCAGUAUGCGGCGCGUGGCACUAACUUGUCUUCGUUUUGCGUGGAGGAAGUAGCCAAAAGAAGGAAGGAACCCGAGGUCAUAACUCCUAUGUCUAUCCAUAAGCUAAUUGAGGUCUUGGAUGAGCUAUCUAAGGAGGCAUCUACAAAAAAAUGGGGCUUUACAGGUCUCUCAGAUUCGGCUUCCUUCAAGUAUUGCUUGCAGAACAUGACAUUCCUAGAGAUGAGAUAUUUCUUCGAUAUAAUCCUCAAGGUUAGAGUCAUUGGCGGUUUGGAGCACAAGUUUCUGAACUGCUGGCAUCCGGAUGCGCAAGAUUACUUGAGUGUGGUAUCAGAUUUGAAGGUUCUCGCUUACAAGCUCUGGGAUCCUUCGAUGAGGUUAGGGCGCAAAGAGCUUUCCAUUAACAUUGGCCACGCUUUUGCUCCUCAUUUUGCGAAACGACUGCAUAUCUCCUAUGAGAAGACGUGCGCUAAGCUCAAAAGCGACUUCUAUAUUGAAGAGAAAUUGGACGGGGAGCGAAUCCAACUUCAUUAUAUGAAUGGCGGUGCUCGUCUGCGUUUCUUAAGCAGGCGGGGCACAGAUUACACGCACUUGUAUGGAGAAAGUACAGAGCGUGGGGUAAUCUCGCAGUUCCUCAAGCUCCGUGAGGAAGUGCAUGAUUGUGUUUUGGACGGAGAAAUGGUAAGUUUCGAUAAGGAGAGAAAAGUUGUACUUCCCUUCGGAAUUGUGAAAUCAGCUGCGGUGGAGGAAUUAAUAAAUUCGAGCUCUAGUAUCGAAAGUGAAGGUUAUCGUCCUCUCUACAUGAUUUUUGAUCUUGUGUAUCUCAAUGGUGUGUCACUUACGAGACUUCCACUGUAUACUCGUAAAGAUUAUCUCAAGCAGGUAAUCACACCUGUACCGAAUGCUGUGGAAGUUGUGUCUGCCCUUGAGUGCACCCACCAUCAUGCUAUCGAAACGUCAUUGCAUAAAGCUAUUGAAAUGGGGUCCGAGGGACUUAUUCUCAAACAGAGGUCUUCAACGUACGAUAUUGGUGCUCGAAAUGAUCAGUGGCUCAAGAUAAAGCCCGAAUACUUCGAAGACCUCGGCGAGAACAUGGAUCUUAUCAUCAUUGGGAGAGAUCCGGGAAAAAAGGAUUCACUCAUGUGCGGUCUCGUUACAGAGACUGAGCUCAAUGGUCAAACUGAUGAGCUUAAGACGUCAACUUCAGAGAAUUUGGAAACUUCCUCCCAAAUGAAAGUACUUUCUUUUUGUAAUGUAGCCAAUGGUGUAUCUGACGCCGAAUUCAAAGAGAUCGAACGAAAAACUCGAGGAUGCUGGAGAUCUUUCGCAUUGCAUCCUCCUCCUAACAACUUACUACAAUUUGGUUCCAAGACUCCUGUCGAAUGGAUUGAUCCUCGUGUGUCACUUGUUUUGGAAGUGAAGGCAAGAUCUGUCGACAACAAUCAGCUCUCCGGCAAGAAAUAUAAGGCUGGCAGCACUUUACAUGGUGCGUAUUGCCGUAAGAUCCGAGACGAUAAAGAUUGGUCAACUUGUGCUACUUUGACUCAGUACCUUCAGGCCAAGAUCGCACAUAACUAUUACUCCUAUAAGAAGCGAGCUCAUCAAUUGUCACCGCGAAAGAAGAAACCCAGAAGGGUUACUAGGUUAGAUGACUUUGAAAGUGACACUGCAAGGGAAUGUUUGAAGGAAAGCAAUCUAUUCGAUGGCAUGCGUUUUUACAUCUUGGGCGACUACGUGGAUCCUUUCGGACACCGGUACGACAAAAGCACGAUAGUUAGCCAAAUAAUCAAACAUGGUGGGACUGCGCUGCACAACAUGACGUUAAAGCCGGAGGACCUCUCGAGCUUGUGGGUCAUUGGAGGCAAGUCUACAAUUGAAUGCGCAUCUCUGCUCGACAGAGGAUAUGACGUCAUCGACCCCAGCUGGAUUUUUGAUAGCAUAGCUGCCGGAAUGCAUCUGAAGCUUGAGCCUAAGCAUUGCUUUUACGUUUCUAAUCGAUUGCUCGAAAACAGCAAGAAAAGGGUCGAUACCUGUGGCGACAGUUUUUGCAGACCCCUCAGCUUUUCCGAGUACGACCAGUUGCUUGUGAAAUGGCCGCGAGUUAAAGAGGAAAGUGUCAAGUGUUCGUCUGUGGCUCCAGAGCUCGAAGCUGCUCCAUUGUUUAUGUUUCGGCGGUACAAGGUAUUCGUCGCCUCAAGCGAAAAAGCCGCUGCUACAUUUACUUACAGAGAGACAAUCGAAAGAUACGGCGGCUCCACGACUGAAAACCUAUCGGACUGCAACCUUGUGCUUGUCCACAACUCACCGAUCGACAGCCCGCAAUUUUUGCAAGACCUAAGAAACGAGGUUGUUGCCGAGUUUCUGCAUAGGGGCACUGAAAAUCGCAUCCCAAGACUGGUCAACAGUAAGUGGCUAAAUGCAUGUUUGAGUGAGCAAUGUUUAGUUCCUGAGGAAGACUAUCCUUGUGUGUAA